GGCAUUAAAAUUUAUUCAGUCACUUAAACUAAAAACACAUUCGACAAAUAGACUAAUAAUCACUUAUUUAUAAAACAAUCCUGUGACGCUUUUUACAAAAUACUUUCACAAUGUCCGCCGAAGUUGAGGAGAUGCUGAAGCGCUUUAGUACCAUGAAGAACAUUGUUGGCAUCGUUGUUGUGGAUUACGAUGGCAUUGCCAUCAAAUCAACCUUGGAUAACACAAUGUCAGUGCAUUAUGCAGCCCACAUGCAAUUGCUAACGGAGAAGGCUCGUCAGGUGAUCCUCGAUCUGGAUGCCACCAACGAGUUCACAUCGAUGCGAAUCCGUACCACAUAUUUUGAGAUCAUACUCGUGCCACUUGAGCACUACUUUAUAGUUGUCCUCCAAAAUCCCUGUGACUAACUCUUUGAUCUUUUAAGUGUAAUUUAUUUUUUUCAA